GAAUUUAAAAACACUCUGUUGCCAUUUCAUUAUUGUCAAUACUUUCCUGAGUUAGAAUCAUUUCAUUUCUCUUUCUCUCUCUGUUUUUUAAGCAUUGUUUUAUUUUAGAUCGUUUCUCUCUUCGUUUUUUCAAAUUACUUUUUGUAAUUCUCUCUUCCCAUCUCAUCCCUGGAAUCUUAGUACCAUUUCUCUAGUUCGCAACAGCUCUUCAUCUUCGCUCCUCUCAAACACUUUCAUUUCUUGUUUUUCAAGUUGUGUUGAUGGGUUGGAGAAUUGAAUAGGGAAUGGUAAAAGAGUUAAGAAGGAGAUGAAAGACGAGUCGGCUGGGCUGAUCAUUGGGAUUUCUAUUGGUGUGGUGAUUGGAGUAGUUUUGGCCAUUUCUGGGUUAUUUUGCUUUAGGUAUCAUAGGAAGCGUUCCCAGAUUGGGAACAGCAGUUCUAGAAGAGCAGCAACUAUUCCUAUACGGGCCAAUGGUGUUGAUUCUUGUUCUAUUCUGUCUGAUUCCACGAUUGGACCGGAAUCACCUGUGAAAUCCGGGCGGAAUGGCUCCUCAUUCUGGCUUGAUGGGUUUAGGAAGAGCAAUGUGAUUUCAGCAUCAGGAAUACCGGAGUAUUCUUACAAGGAUCUGCAAAAAGCAACCUAUAAUUUUACAACAUUAAUAGGACAAGGUGCAUUUGGUCCUGUAUACAAAGCUCAGAUGUUAACAGGAGAGAUUGUUGCUGUUAAAGUUCUAGCAACUGACUCUAAGCAAGGGGAGAAAGAGUUCCAGACUGAGGUUAUGUUAUUAGGGAGAUUGCAUCACAGAAACCUUGUGAAUUUGGUUGGAUACUGUGCAGAAAAAGGGCAGCAUAUGCUUAUAUAUGUCUACAUGAGCAAAGGCAGCUUGGCAUCUCAUUUAUACAAUGAAGACCGAGAGCCAUUGAGCUGGGAAAUGAGGGUUCAUAUAGCUUUAGAUGUAGCGAGGGGUAUGGAGUAUCUUCAUGAUGGGGCUGUUCCUUCUGUAAUACACCGGGAUAUCAAAUCUAAUAAUAUUCUGCUAGAUCGAUCCAUGAGAGCCAGGGUUGCUGAUUUUGGGCUUUCAAGAGAAGAGAUGGUGGACAGUCAUGCAGCAAAUGUAAGGGGUACUUUUGGCUAUCUCGAUCCAGAGUAUAUAUCUACAAGGACUUUCACCAAGAAAAGUGAUGUAUACAGCUUUGGAGUUCUGCUUUUCGAACUUAUAGCUGGCAGAAAUCCUCAACAGGGACUUAUGGAAUAUGUUGAGCUUGCUGCAAUGAACACAGAGGGGAAAGUAGGAUGGGAGGAGAUUGUGGAUUCUCGUUUGGACGGGAAGUUCGAUGCACAAGAGCUUAAUGAAGUGGCAGCACUUGGAUACAAAUGUAUCAAUCGUGCUCCGAAAAAAAGGCCUGCCAUGAGGGACAUUGUGCAAGUCCUGUCAAGGAUACUCAAGUCGAGACACGAUAAGAAGCACCACCACAAGUCCUUAUCAGCCAUGACAGAUGAAGUUACCAUCGAUGUGGACCAACCAGAAACCAACUCUCAAGUCCCCGAUCACAGAAGAGAGGAGUCUGUGGAGAGUACAAUUGAUUAUGAAGUUUAGAAAUGAGGGGAUUUUCUCUCUUUAUUUUUUGGGAGGUUUUUUCAUUUGUUCAUUUGGUUUUUGUUUUGAUACAUGUGCAGUCCAGAAAGAAUUAGAGGGAGUUUGAGAUUCAGGUCGAGUGACAUAGGAUUCAGAUAACAAGCUUUUCUUGUUAAGUUUCUGUUUGCUAGUGAUAGAUAACAGAGUUUGUAAAUUGGAUACUUCAUACUCGGGAAUGGAAAUGAAGGAAAAAUUGCCCUUUUUUUCUCUUA